UUAGGAGGCGGGGCAUCACGUGAACGGAAGUCUGGUUCACAAACGAGGACUCUGCCGGGUGUUUACUUGUGUCCUGCGGUUCUUCGAACUCCUGGGUCAACGGGCUUCCGGUCAAGCAGAACUCAGGACCCCCCUUCAGGUCACGUGUCCGUGUGUUCAUAGAAAAACGCGCGACGGGGCCCGGUCACCUCAGACAGGUACGCUUCCGGUCAGACAGUCAUGAGGGCUACAGGUGCGCUCUUCUUCUCGCUGCUAUGUCAUGUGGCCGCCGACAGGAACGCUCAGGUGAACAUCAGCAGCAUGCUGGGUCAGCAGGCCGAGCGGGUGAUGGUGCCGGGAGAGUGGGAGGAGCGCUGGAAGCAGGGCAGGAUCGGCUUUCACCAGCCUACAGUGCACAAAAUGCUGGAGAUGAACCUGGACAAAGUGCUGAAUGGACGGACAGGCAUACGCUUCUUCUUUCCUCUCUGUGGGAAAGCCGUAGACAUGAAGUGGUUGGCAGAUCAGGGUCACUCUGUGGUCGGCGUGGAGAUCUCUGAGAAGGGCAUUCGGGAGUUCUUUGAGGAGAACAACAUGACGUUCAGCGAGGAGCCGGUGCCUGAGAUCCCUGGAGCCAAAGUGUUUAGGAACCCAGAGAAGAACAUCUCCUUGUACCAGUGUGACCUUUUCCAGUUCUCCAGUUCCAUUGCCGGCCGCUUCGGAGCGAUCUGGGACCGAGGUUCCCUGGUGGCCAUCAGCCCAAAAGACCGUGAGAAGUACGCAGCUCUCAUUGUCUCAUUGAUGGAUGAAGACUGUAGGUAUCUGCUGGACACUUUCCUCUAUAACCCAGACCAGUAUCAAGGUCCUCCAUUCUUUGUUCCUGAAGAACAAGUCAAGCGCUUGUUUGGGAGCAGCUGUAACGUGGAGCUGCUGCAGUCAGUGGACGCCCUCACAGACAGACAGAGAGACUGGGGCUUGGACUCUUUCACUGAGAACAUUCAUCUCAUCACGCUGAACAACAGCUCUGCAGCAAACUGACACCAGACUGAAGAGAUUGUGUCCUUGCAGCAGACUGUGGUGUUCCUCCUCAUUAAAGAUGGUUUUGUGUGUUUGCCUAUUAAAGAUGACUCGUCAAAUCAGAACACCAAA